ACGAGAAAAUGGGUUUCUCUUCGAACUAUAAAAUAGAACAAAACCAGGUAAAGAUUGGCUGGAAAGAGAACGGAGGAAAAUAGUUUUCAUUUUCCUCUCUCUCUCUGAGGAAAAGAAAGUGAAAAAUACAGGAAAAAUUUUCAACAGCUUGAAAAAUGGGUUGUGGGGAAUCAAAGCACGCUGUUGCAACAGAAAACGCCAUUAGCAAAAGUAAACGCAAGAAUUCCAAUUCCAACAUAAUUGCAGAAAAUUCUGUUGAAGGGAAGGAAAAGUUGAACAAGGAACCUGGUGUGGACGUAAAUGUGGAGGUAAGGGAAAAUUUGGAAGGCGAAAAGGAAAAGGAAAAUGCCAAAGUAAUUGAUAACGGAAAUGUAGAAUCAGGGAUGGAGGAAAAUGAGAAAGGAAGGGAAAAUUCUGAAGAUGGAAAGGAAAAUGCCAAAGUGGAGGAGGAAAUCCAGGGAGCAAAUGCCAAAGUAACUGAUAAUGGAAAUGGAAAAUCUGAGGAGGAAAACGUGAAAGAAAAGGAACGAAAAUUGGAGGCUGCUGUUGUAACCAUGGAGGAAAAUAAGGAGGGAAAAUCUGGCGACAUCAGUGUUCAUCAAGUUCAAGAACCAGAGGAAGAAAAUCUCAAGAGAGAAAUGGAAUCCAUUAUUCCUGAUGAAAAUGCAUCAGAAGGGAAAAUAGAUUUGAAUGAUGAUGUGGAGGGAAAGGAAUUUCAUCAAGAGGCUAAGGAGGAAUCCAAAACUGAAGACGAUAUUAAGGUGGAAGAAGAAAAAGAGGUGAUAGAAGUAGUGUUGCCAAAAGAUUCUGCCACCAAAGGGGAAUAGAUGGAUUGUGAAUUUGAAGCUGCUGAUUAUACCAGACAAGGCUUCUUGACUGCUGUAUGAGUUACAAAUUAUUGUAUAAUUUACAGUUUAAUUGAAUAUUUAAAUAUAAAUAAAUAACUUUUAAUGGUUGAAA